AUGACCACAGCAAAACGGCGGGUUGGCCGGCCGAAAUCUACGGCGGCGGUUCCCACUAUCUCAGCGGAACAAAUCAAAGCAACACCAGCAGCACAGGAACAACCAAAGAUACACGGAACAACUCUGAAGGCGAAAGAAACAGUCAAUGUAAAAUCACCAGUGAACGAGCCAAUCAAUGAGAAACCUUGGGUGGAAAUCAUUCAGGGGAAUAGAGAGCUUAACAGAGGGUUACCAGUUACCUUUGUAGCGUCGCAACUCAUUGACGGAGAAGAGAAAAUUAUCAUUGAGGAGAGUGAUGUGGUAGACGAACUCUCUUACUGGGAGAAUGCGGCGAUUUUGUUUGCACUGGGGGAAACGUUGUCGAUGCACGCAGUUAAAAAUUUCAUGGAGAAGACAUGGAAUUUUGUAGCACUACCAGAGUUAUACUUCAAUGAAGCGGGAUACUUCAUUUUACGUUUCAGGACUUGGGAGGAUUUGAACAAGGUUAUGGAGCAGGGGCCGUACUUUAUCUUUGGUAAGCCUGUCUUUCUAAAGUACUGGUCUGUGGAUUUUGAAAUCAAAGCUGAUUUGCUUCGUGUGCUGCCCUUAUGGAUUACUUUGCCAAACCUUCCUCUAUAUCUAUGGGGGGAGAGGAGUAUCUCCAAGAUAUCCAGCGCCAUAGGGAAUCCCAUCACAACGGAUGAAUGCACUGCGAGGAAAUUGAGGAUAUCUUAUGCGAGGGUCCUGGUCGAGGUUGAUAUCACCAAACCGGUUAAGCAAUCAGUCACCAUCAGGGACCACAGUGGAAAAGAAUGGGAGCAAAAGAUCGAGUAUGAAUGGCGUCCAAAAUAUUGCCAAACAUGCCUAAAGAUUGGACACGAUUGUGCCACAAGAAAGGUGAAUGAGCAUCCAAAACCUAAACAGAAGGUGUGGCAAGAGAAAGCUAAAGAACCUGAAACUAAAGGUGAGGAUAAUGGUGGUAAGGAAGCUACUCAAUCUGGUCCCGUCACCCAAGCAGAAGUUUGGACUCAGGUUGGGUCAAGCAAGAAUGACAAGGCUAAGAAGAAGAUUGUCUUCUCUCCCCCUGAAGACUUGGUUGUUCAGAACAUAUUCACACCUUUUGGGAUUGGAGUUAGCCUAAGAGGUGAACCAAGUAACACGAAAUGA